CAUGAUAGAAAACCAAAAAGUACGGAAUCGGUACUUCUUCCACACGGCUCACUGGCUUGGUUUUCACGUCGUAACACAAAUCCUUCUCUACUGCCAUGAACGAUCGAUUGAAGCUUCAAGGCACAUGAUCUAGUUGGAUUACUUGAUAUCCAGAAACAGGAAUUCGGAAAUGGAUGAUGCGUUGCCUCUCGAUAAGUUAUUGUUAGAGUCCAAGAAUGAAAACACAAAGGGAAAAAUCCACGUAGUUUUGGUAUCAACUGGAAGCUUCAAUCCUCCUACAUUCAUGCAUUUACGGCUUUUUGAGUUGGCAAGAGAUGCACUUAACUCGAGAGGUUUUCAUGUUGUUGGAGGUUAUAUGUCACCUGUAAAUGAUGCCUACCAGAAAAAGGGUCUCAUACCAGCUGAACAUCGCAUUGCAAUGUGCCAACUAGCUUGCAAAAGUUCCGAGCUCAUAAUGGUGGAUACUUGGGAGGCAAAGCAAAGUUCUUUUCAACGCUCAUUGACUGUGCUAUCAAGAAUCAGGAGCUUCUUUUGCGAUAAUGGGCUGAUACCUAGUGCAUCCCUUAAGGUCAUGCUUGUUUGUGGCUCCGAUCUACUCGAAUCAUUUGGCAUUCCUGGAGCUUGGAUACCCGAGCAGGUCAGAAGUAUAUGCAGAGAUUAUGGCAUAGUCUGCAUCCGCAGGGAAGGUCAAGACAUUAAGAAAAUCAUCUCACGUGAUGACAUCUUGACGGAAUAUAAGAGUAACAUUGAAGUGGUGGAUGAAUUGGUACCGAACCGCAUCAGUUCAACUCUAAUAAGAGAUUGCAUUUCACGGGGUUUAUCGGUGAAAUACUUGACAUCGGAUGACGUUAUUGAUUACAUUAAACGACACCAACUGUACACAAACCCCACAAAUUGACAACGGGGAAGCUUGGUAGCGUAUCGUAUUCCUUGGGUACAUCAAAUAACACCAAUCCGGGGUAUCCAUUUCGUCGUAAACUUCAACGGGGUUUUAGAUAUGUGAACACAAAUGUAGCCCUUGUAGUUGGCUUUUAUUUUUCUAUUUGAAUCAUCAUUGUCCCCAAUAAGGAUCGUUUAUUAAAUACUUACCGGAUCAAUUACCUUAUCAGAUUAAUAUGGCAAAGGCUGAGAGUCUUACCUGUUAAGAGGCAAAA